AUGGCUCAGUCCAAGGGCACAGUGGUCCUGGCCUACAGCGGGGGGCUCGACACCUCCUGCAUCCUGGUGUGGCUGAAGGAGCAGGGCUACGAUGUUAUCGCCUACCUGGCCAACAUUGGGCAGAAGGAAGAUUUUGAGGCAGCACGAAAGAAAGCACUGGCACUGGGGGCCAAGAAGGUUUACAUCGAGGACGUCAGCAGGGAGUUCGUGGAGAGCUUCAUCUGGCCGGCAGUGCAGGCCAGCGCGCUCUACGAGGAUCGGUACCUGCUGGGCACGGCCCUGGCACGGCCCUGCAUCGCCCAAGGGCUGGUGGGCAUCGCCCAGCAGGAGCGAGCCCCCUACAUCGCCCACGGGGCCACGGGCAAGGGCAAUGACCAGGUUCGUUUUGAGCUCAGCUGCUAUGCCCUGUGUCCCAAGAUCAAGGUUGUUGCACCGUGGAGGCUGCCUGAGUUUUACCAGCGCUUUCCUGGGCGCCGUGAGCUGAUGGAUUAUGCCAAGAAACAUGGGAUCCCAGUGCCUGUGACACCUCAGACGCCCUGGAGCAUGGAUGAGAACCUAAUGCACAUCAGCUACGAAGCCGGGAUCCUGGAGAACCCCAAGAACCAGGCUCCUCCCGGGCUCUACACCAAGACCUGUGAUCCAGCCAAGUCUCCCGACACCCCAGACGUGCUGGAGAUCGAGUUUGAGCGGGGUGUCCCAGUGAAGGUCACCAACACUGGGGACGGAGCCACCCGUUCCUCGGCGCUGGAGCUCUUUGUGUACCUGAACGACAUCGCGGGCAAGCACGGGGUCGGGCGCAACGACAUCGUGGAGAAUCGCUUCGUUGGGAUGAAGUCCAGAGGUAUCUAUGAGACCCCAGCAGGAACGAUCCUGUACCAUGCACAUUUAGAUAUCGAGGCCUUCACCAUGGACCGGGAAGUGAGGAAAAUCAAGCAGGGGCUCUCCUUGAAAUUCUCAGAGCUGGUGUACAACGGCUUCUGGCACAGCCCUGAGUGUGAGUUCCUGCGGGAGUGCAUCGGGUGCUCGCAGGAGCCCGUGGUGGGCACCGUGCGCCUCUCCGUCUUCAAGGGCCACGUCUACAUCCUGGGCAGGGAGUCCCCACGCUCCCUCUACAACGAGGAGCUGGUCAGCAUGAACGUGCAAGGGGACUACGAGCCUGCUGAUGCCACCGGCUUCAUCAACAUCAACUCCCUCAGGCUGAAGGAAUAUCAUCGUCUCCAGAGCAAGGUCACCGUAAAGCAGGAUGAAUAGCAAUCAAUCGCACGCGAGCCUCCCGCUCCCCUAAUUCCUGGAAGAAGUAGCACUAAUUGUGGCGGCAAUUGGUAAUUGUAACUCGUCUCCCUGGAGCGGAGGUGACGGCUUUGUUACGGGGCUGCAAGUGAAAUCCAAUCAGGGGGGGAAAAAAAAAAUUAAAAAAA